AUGGGGAUUCACCCCGGGCUGCGGCGGCAGCUAGUAGCAAAGCAGCAGGAGUCACCGGACUGCCGCCGGUCAACCAUCGACGGCCACACUACCGCCCUAAUCUUGCUUAUCACCGUCGUGGUCGACAACGCUUUCGGCGCCAGGAGCGCCGUCCAAUGGCACAGCUUCUGCCAGGGGCCGAUGACUGGCACGUCGCCGGCGGGCGGUAUCAAUGGCUUGAUGUCCACGUACUACUAUUAUGUGGCUGAUCACGCACGCUAUGACCGAGACUGCGCUGCAAAGUUCACCGGCGCCCAGGGAGGCGAGGCCGAUCCGACCGUGGGCGGCCACGCUUGCACCGCCAAGGGACGUGGUGUCCGCCACAGAAGUCGGGGGCUGUCCUCCGGGUAUCCUAAGAGCAUGUCCAACAGCUGCCGAACGCGCGGCGCGCUAAAAGUACUUUGCAGCACACCCAUCGUCUGGAAAAGCGCGGCGGGCGGCGCUGGCUCCAGCAGCUGCGCUAAAAUUUAG